AUGCAAUUCGUAAUUAUUUUUUCGUUGCAGAUCAACAGCGACACUAAGCUUGUAAAAACUGUGCUGCAUAGUCAUGGAUUCACACAAUGUUCACGCAAGAAUCCUUCAUUCAAUCUGCUUUGGUGUGGUUCUUCAGUGAAAGCAACACGUAUGCGAACUAUUCUACCAUGGCAACGUAUCAACCAGUUCCCUCGAUCGACUGAACUUACCCGGAAAGACAAACUGUAUGACAAUUUAGCAAGUCUUAGGUCCCUGAAUAUUUUGUUACUCCACGGGAUUUCGUCGCAAGGCAGGGGUAUCUUCUUCGCCAACAAGCAUCAAGAAAUCCCUCAAAACGAGCCGCUGUUGGUCUCUCGCUACAUUGAGAACCCGUUACUUAUUGAUGGACAUAAAUUUGACCUUCGGAUCUACGUAGCUGUAACAUCAUUCUUUCCUCUUGUUGCUUAUGUUUAUUCGGAAGGGCUGACUCGAGUUGCAUCGGAGAAAUACUGUAGCGAAGCAGAUUCGAAGGAUGCAUUUGUACAUUUGACGAACUACUCCAUUAACAAAAAUAAUUCGCAUUUUAUCCGCAACGAAAGUAUGGCUUGUGAAGAUUUUGGGCAUAAGUGGACAUUAGGUGCGCUUCUUCGUCACCUGGAAAAACAAGGCGUUGAUGCUAAAAUGUUAAUGUUGCGUAUAGAAGAUAUCGUAGUAAAAAGCUUACUUUCUGUACAAAAUCGUGUUACAUCAGCGUGUCGCACUACAACACCACAUGUAGGAACUAAUUUUGAGCUGUUUGGCUUCGACAUUCUUGUCGAUGAUCAACUGAAGCCAUGGUUGCUCGAAGUGAAUCUGUCUCCUAGUCUAUCGUGUAGGGAGAGAACGGAAGGAGGGAAGGAGGAGAAAAGGCGAAAAGAAUCGUGGUUCGAAAGGGUUCACGUUUUUCUUGAGAAGGUUAUUGAUAAAGUCGGCUGCACGAAAUCGCCCGGGUCGCCGCGAGCUGAACGCACGCGAGCGUGCCUGCAACGCGGCUGCCGA